GGUUGUGUUUCUAGCUUCACAAACCUGGGACUUGAAUUGAAGCAUGCCCGUUUUAUGAACUGAUUUAAUCUACAACUCCCCAUAUAAACUGUACACUUUCUCAACAUGGAUAGUAUCAAUGCAAAGUACGUCUCACAGAAGAUAAGUAAGACUCGUUGGAGGCCCGUCUCAUCGGCUUCGUUGCAACAACCAGAAAUUUUCGCCACUGGCUCUUGGGAUAACGAGGAUAACAAAGUGUCCCUGUGGACCAUCGGAGACCAUGGGACUGCUAAUAUGGAGGAUGAUUUUGAGGGUGAUCCUCAGCUGCUCUGCGAUAUCAAACACAGCGGUGAUGUUCUUGAUCUUCAGUUUUUGGAUUCAGAUAAAUUAGUGACGGCAUCAUCCUCAGGAGCAGUGACCAUCUUCCGCCAUCAUCCCAACAGUCAGACCCUUUCCGUGGCUCACCAAUGGGACCGUGCCCACCACUAUCCCUGUGACAACGCCCCGUGCACAGGGGUGGUGUGCAACAGCCCUGAAGUGGUGUCGGUCGGAGAGGACGGCAGGAUCGUGCACUUCCGAGCAGACCAGACAGGGGUUCUGCGCGUCAUCGAAAAUGCUGACAGUAGCACAAUCCAUGCCGUAGCAUUCCUGAGGACGACAGAAGUUCUUACAGUCAAUUCAAUUGGCCAGCUUAAACUCUGGGACCUGAGGCAACAAAACAACGAACCUGCUCAGAUUCUCUCCCUCACUGGUGAUCGGGUCCCUCUCCACUGCGUGGACAGACACCCCAACCAGCAGCACAUCGUGGCCACGGGAGGCCAGGACGGCAUGCUGUGCAUCUGGGACGUCAGGCAGGCCAACAUGCCCUUCUCAAUCAUGGAGGCCCACUCCGCUGAAAUGUGGGAGGUCCACUUCCAUCCGUCUAACCCUGAUCACCUGUUCACGUGUUCUGAGGACGGCUCUCUACUGCACUGGGAAACCUCCAGCAACGCAGACACACCAUCGUUCCUGCAAGGUGGCCGUAACACAAGCGUGGUGUCACGCAGUGCGAUCGCUCCUGCCGGAGGAAACCAGUCUAUUAUCAGUGCAUGGCUUUCAGGAGACUCAGGCAAAGGGCAGCUUGAGACCACCCAUAUGCUGCCCAGUCAGACCCUCUCAGUCAAUAGUCUCGAUGUGCUUGGCCAGUGCCUUGUAUGUGGGACUGACGGAGAGGCAGUGUACGUCAAUAGACAGGUUCCAGUUUAAAGAUCGACUCAGUGGAUGGGUGUCUCUCUCUCUCUCUCUCUCUCUCUCUCUCUCUCGCUCUCUCGCUCUCUCUCUCUCUCUCUCUCUCUCUCUCUCUCUCUCUCUCUCAUUUUCUUUGAAAUUCAAGUACAUUUCUUCCCAUGUUACAUUAUUUCUGUGUUAUUUCUCAUUUUCUACAGCCAGAAUGUCACUGUGUGGACUACAGUGAGGGUAAAAUUGUGGGCCUAGUUUAAAAGGUGCAGAUAGUGUGAGACAAACAAACCUGAUUUGAAAUACCCCGUGUGAUUUUGUGUGUGCUAUGUAUGUACUAGGCUGUGUAUGGAUGUUUUGUAAAAUACAUUUAAAAUAAACAAUUGAAUUGCAAUAUACUCAAA